UCACAUAGGGGCUGGCAUACGGUCAGAUACUCACUGAGGGGAGGGCGGUAAACGCAUGAGAGAGUGAGAGGAAGCUGUAAAACCUCCGAAGAGAGAAACAGAGACUCAGUUAGAUGUUUCCAUUUAUUCACACCUGCUUCAAACUGACUAUCGGAUAAUUAACAUCUAACUGAACCGACAUUGCCGCGAUCACCUGGAUCAAACCGGAUGUCAUUGCUUAGGGCUGCGGGAAGAGACAGCCUAGAAGUGAUGGAGCCUCUGCUACCCACAGAGCCAGAGAUGAUGGAGAGAGCGCAGGACAGGGGCGCGCAGAAGAAGAUUCACUUUUCAGUACCCUCCUCUUUGCCUCUGCAACUGGAUCCGCUGCAGGUGGAGAUGAUUCGACGCCGGAGGCCAACACCUGCCACUCUCUUCAAACUGUCAGACCCCCCAUCACCAGAGGAAGACAGCAGCUCACAUCAGUGGGUUCUGGGUGAAAAUGGAGCCAUGAAAGCCAAACUGGUUCAAAUGGCAACCUACCAGCCACCCUCACUCAAAGCUGUCCAGAUGAUGGCAGAGGCACACCUGAAAUCUCUUGAUAGGGAAGAGCCCUCUUCUGAAGACGAGCAACACAGGGAUGAUGAGAAGCAGCAGAUACCUUCAGUCAUAAAUUCAGGAGAGGAAAGCAAACCACUCUCAGAUCAUUGUGACCUGCUGGGAUGUUUAGCCACAAGAGCUGAUCUCUCCAAAGAUGCCACCAAAGAACUGGAGGAGGAAAAAAGCGAGAACGACAAAGGAAGACAGAACUGUUGAAGAGAGUGUACAGAGAACUCUAAAUGUUCACCACCUGCACAGACCUUUUUUCCAUAUGGAUAGGUUUAUUUUUUAGGUAUUCAUGUCUGUGCUCAUGCGUGCAGCUAUAAAGCUGAAUGUGGAAAAAGAAGGUGAGGAAAAACACAGUCAUUAAGGAAGAAUAUAAAUGAGCAGAUGUAAGGUAAAAUUUAACCUAAUACGUGCAAAGGAAAACAUGUCCUAGCCAGCCAAGAAAGCAUUAGCAUGGAUCAGUUAUUAAUGAAUUACAUAAGAAAAAAAAUUAAAACAUCAGAACAGGGUGGCCAUAUUAUAUUUUUAAUACACGACAAUCUGUGUUUUCUUUUUUACUUUCCGUGCUAAAGAUUGUAGAUAGAAACAACAUAUUUACUUGUGAUAAAAAAAAAAAGAAACAGUUUUAUUUUAGAUGUUGGUGAUCAUCGCUCAGGCAACAUUCAUACUGUAGUUUUAUUUCUUGCAAAAUUGAGAACAGUUAAAGUGAA